AUGAAGAUCCGUGUGGUCCAGAUCUGGGGAUUCCUGAUGACAGUUUUAGGAUGGAUCUUCGUGGCCUGCACCAUGGCCAUGGAGGGCUGGAAGAUCACCUCCAUCGGGGGCAUGGGGGGCUCCUCCAUCCUCAAGGUGGCCUGGUACUGGUCCAGCCUGUGGAGAUCCUGUUAUACAGACUCAACAGCUGUCAGCAACUGUUACGACUACCCUGUGCUGUGGUCUGUGGAGGGCUACAUCCAGAUAGUGCGAGGCCUGCUGAUGUCAGCUCUUUCCCUUGGUAUGCUGGGAUUCGUGCUCAGUCUGUUGGGAAUGGAGUGCACCUUCGUCGGGGGAAAAGACAGGUCAAAGCACAAGAAGAUAUACGUUGGCGGAUGUUUCCACGUUAUCAGCGGCGUGCUCUCCACAUGUGGGUAUGCAGUGUACGCCCAGUAUGUCUCAGUAGAAUACUUCAACCCGGACUUUAAUGGACUGAAGUAUGACCUGGGCACCCCCAUGUUCCUGGGAUGGGUGGGCUCUGCCUUCCACAUGGCUGGAGGUUUCUUCUACCUGUGGUCAGUGUGCACGCCGCUCUAUGGAGGAGAGGUGAAAGUAAUGACGGUCAAGGCACUACCAGAUGUGGAGCAGAACAAGUCCAUCACAGCUCUGUCCUCAGUGUCCGAGAUCACCUCCAAAACUAAACUGUCCUCCGUGUCCGAGCUGUCGUCCAGGUCUGAGCGCUCGGAUCUGUCGGACAUUUCCUCCAGGUCAGGACGCACAGCCAAAUCAGGGCGGUCAUCGAAGACAGGGCGAACCUCCAGGUCUACUGAGUCAGCACGGUCUGCGGGGUCAAGGUCAGGGUCGGAGUCUGUGGUCUCAUCGAUGUCUGGCGCAUCAACAGUGUCCGGGUCAAGGAGCAGCGGCAGCAGCAGGACAGUUUCAUCGCUGUCAGGAAGCUCACGGAGCGGAGCUAAACCGUUCCUCAAAAACUCUUAUAUAUGAGCAAAUGUGAGAUCAAUGGAAGCCCAGAGAAGAAGGGGAAGAGUCCUGCUGAUUCAUUUUCUAAGUCUGUUUUUUUAUCCUGUCUUGGGGUUGGUG